AUGAAAAGCACAAACACAAACGCCAAUACAAUGGAUCAAAUCCAAGUCCAAAACGAAGAAUAUAUCCCAAUUGCGCAUGCACACGAGCACGAGGACAGUCCCACACACACAACAACCCCAGCCUCAGCCACGCAAUCACAAUCGCAAUCGCAAUCGCGAUCGCGAACACAAAUACCAUGGCAAGAUCGCCUCACAGCUCUAGCAAAUCUAGCCUCCACCUCCCUAGGCCCAGAUAGCAAAGACCACAACUCCAGCCCAAGAAUCCACCAUCAUCUGGACGCGAUAGAAUCAAUCCUACGUGAUCCAAACCCAACUCCAACUCCAACACCAGAUCCAGCAGAACACCAUUCACUUUCAAUACCCAAACCCACAUCCAAAUCGACCUUGAACGCCUAUAAUCCCGAUGACGAUCCCACUCGAAGAAGAAGAACAAGUUAUCGCACAAAAUCCCUCCUAGGCGAUCGGUCAGCUUCGGAGCUCGAAGAGCCCGACUGGCUUGUUAAAACCCAAUUACUCAAAGAAACGAAGAUAGUGACAUCUUUAGAUGGAUUAUUGGGGGAGGUGAGUUUUUUGAAUGGGCAGAUAUCGAGGAGAAGGGAGGAGAGUGUUAGGAUUCAAGAAAUUUGGGAGGAGAGGGAGAGGGGGUAUAGGAGGGUUAUUGGUGAGCUUGGGGAUGAGGUUGAUGAAUUACGUGGGGACUUAGUAGAAGACGCUGUUGAGUUAGAAGGAAUCCAAGGAACAAUUCAAGGCCUUCAAAAUUGGAUUGAAGGAAUAACAAUCAUGAUGCGAGAUAGCCAGAAGGAAAAAGAGAGGAACCAUCAUCUUGUUCAGGUCAGAUCUAAGCGCACGAGAUGGGGUCGUACGCCCGAGGCCAGAAAUGAUCGUGACUUAAAUGAGAUAAGCGGGGACCGUGACCAUGAUGGUGAGAUUGUAUUGGAGGGUCUAAGCGCCUGGAUGCGGGGGUGGAGAGAUGUUGAAGAUGGAUUCCAGGCCCGGGCGCAGGGACGAAAAAUGAAAAGAGAACAGAGACGGGAUUUACUGCUGAAGCGGAAUUCCACCGACGUGCCUGUCUCUCUGCCAGGGCCAGGGCGAGUGGCUCCUGUUCAAGUUUUGGGAUAA